AUCAUGAGUAGUUCAGAUAAAUUUAAACCUCCAAACGAAAACUGUGAAUAUGUCGUGUGUGUUAAAGACGCAUAUAAGUUCUAUGGAACUAAAAAUAAGAAUUUCGGCGUCCUUUGUGGUCUUAAUAUGUCAAUUAAGCGAAAUUCAAUCUAUGCCUUGAUAGGAGCAUCAGGUGCAGGAAAAACAACAUUAAUUAAAAGUAUAAUUGGAAUUGAAACCUUACAAAGUGGUGUAAUCGAAUUAUCACAAACUUAUAGGAUACAUGCCCCAGGAAAUAGCUGUACUUCAAAAAUUUACAGCAAAAGAGACGCUCAACUUUUUUGGAGUUCUCAAUGGAGUUGAUGCUAAUAAAAUUAAGGAACGAACAAAUUUUCUCUCCUCUUUACUUGAAUUUUCAGACGAUGAUAAAUUAAUUGAAAAUUGUAGCGGUGGAGAACAGCGAAGAAUUUCUUUUGCGUGUGCUUUGAUGCAUGAACCUAGACUGUUGAUCUUAGAUGAACCAACAGUUGGUGUUGAUCCAAUUUUAAGAAACAAAAUAUGGGUUUUUCUGCAAACGCUUACAACCACAACAGAUACAACUGUAAUAAUAUCAACACAAUACAUUCAGGAGACAGUAAAUGCAACUAACAUUGGAUUUAUACGAAACGGAACUCUGUUAGUUGAAGAAGAACCACAAAAAAUCAUUCAAAAUCUUCGGGUUGACAAUCUUGAGGAAGCUUUUUUCAAAUUAAGUUUACAACAAACUGAACAAAAAGAUGUGAAGAGAAAAUGUUUAAAAUUAAUACAGCCUGAUAGUAAUAAGAAGAUAAUUAAGCAGAAUCCAAUCGAUUUAUCGCUAGACAGAUUUUUUGCAUUACUAUCAAAAAAUCUUAUUCAUCAAAGAAGAAAUAUACUAAUGUGUAUGUUCUCGUGUUUUAUGCCUUUAAUAAUGAUAGCUUCAGUUUAUUCGUAUGGAAGAUAUCCAGUUGAUCUUAAAUUUGGUGUUAUAAAUUUCGAGAAUUUAAAUUCUGAAGCAAGCAGUUGUCUACAAACCAAUGUUAUCCUCAAAGAUUUAUCAAGUGAAGAUAUGAGUCCAUAUUGCAAUUUGCAUAAUAUAUCCUGUAGAUAUGUCAUGGAACUUCAAGAUGUGAUUGAUAUAAAAAAAUCUUACAAAUCGUUUGAAGAUGCUAAAGAUGAUGUUCUUAAUGGAAAUAUUUAUGGAUUUAUAUUGAUCGGGAAAGAUUUUUCGAAUCAUCUGCAGACAAGACUCAACAACGGAAUGGAUUUAACAUACAACAUAAGCGAUGACGAUGUCAUCAGUGCGUACUUAGACCAAACAAACUAUCAAAUAGCAAACUUCAUGAAAAAGACUUUAUAUGAAUCAUAUGACAAAUUUACUGAGAAACUAAUAACAGACUGUAGACGAGAUUACAACACAGAAACACUUCCAAUGAAAGUCGUAGCUAUGUUUGGGAAAUUAAAUGAUGAAUUUCGAAAAACAAUGAGUGUUGGAGGUGUUAUUGUCUACUGCUUCUUCCUUUCAUCUUCACUCUCAGUAUCUGCCUUUAUUGAAGAUCAAGCAGAAGGAAUCAUAGAAAGAGUACUAAUAGCUGGCACACAACCAUUAGAGAUAGUCUUAUCUCAUUUGACAUCAUCGACUUUUAUUAUAAUCAUUCAUUACAUCCAGUAUUAUGUAUUCCUUAUGUUUAUUUUUAAAGAUGACUUGUAUGGAAAUCACAUUUGGGCAAGCACAACAAUUAUUCUCGUUGGUAUUGCCGGAGUUGUUUAUGGGCUGUCUAUAUCAACUCUUACUAAGUCACCAGUUGUUGGAAUGUUUUGCUCAUCUUCAAUAUUUCUUCCAGUUCUAGCGAUAGGAGGAGUCAUAUGGCCACUUGACGGAGUUGUAUUUUAUUUGAGAUAUGUAUCAUAUUUACUUCCAUUCACAAUGCCAACAUUAGCGUUGACAGGAAUAAUGUAUAAAGGUUACACAAUACUGCAUCCUGUCGUAUCAAUGUCUUAUUUAGUGCUUAUAAUUUGGAUUCUUGGAUGCCUUUUUAUAUGUUUUUCUAAACUAAAGGUUAAAAGAUAAAACAUUUGAGGCGAAUACGCGUAGACUAAGGUUUUUUCGUGGAUUUGAUUACUAAAGUUGACUUGAGUCCAUACAAAAUCUUAUUAAGCUUUGUAAACUGUUCACGAGCGUUUAAUUAUUAAGCAACAUAAUAAUAAGAUCAGACCUCAAAAAGGAAUCAUAAAAAUUAUAAUAAACUGUUUUAGCAGAGCUCGAAGUCAACUCGAGUUAACUCAUUUUUCAGAGUCAACUCCGAGUCGAAUUGACUUGAAAUUCUAUCGACUUCGAGCUUUGUAUUUUAGCCUUAACUAACCCACCUUCUGUUACGGAACAAGCGAACGACCUCUUAACGAAAUAAAUUAAAAUUUUUGUAUGGAAUUGAUUUAAUAUUAAUUUAACUUUAAUUAUGUACGCAAAUUUGGAGUGGAUAAAAUUUGGUUUAAAAUAGGUUUAAAUAAGUUCUUAAUAAAAUAUUUAAAAUAUUAAACUCGAUUUUUUUUUUGAUAACGAAUAAAUGAAAUUUAAUGAAGAUAAG